AUGUACCUUCCGAGGACACUGAUCGGGCACCUUUACACUCAUCUUCUCCACACAACACAUCCGCUCUCUCCGCCUGUUCUCCUCCUCGUCUCCCUCGAGCCUGACGCACUAUGUGCCUGCCGCAUCCUCACCGCACUUCUGAAACGAGAUUACAUUCCCCAUAAAAUCCAGCCCAUCGCCGGUUACAAUGAUCUUGCAAAGGCCGGUCAAGAUUUGGUCCGUCCUAUGCGCAUCAGUGAUGGCGGCAGUGGAGGUGUCGUCGUGUGUUUGGGCGUCGGAGGAUUGGUCGAUCUUGAGAACCUGCUAGGGUUAGAGGGACAGGAUGGCACAGACUUCGGCGGUGUUGAGAUCUGGGUUAUGGACGCUCGACGACCAUGGAAUCUGAGCAACGUCUUUGGCGGGCGAGGAGACACGGCUUCGGAAGAAAAUGAUCUCCCGACGAAAGUUCCAGGGGUAGAACGUGGCAGGAUCUUGCGCUCCUACAAGCCUGGGAAGGGGGGCAUCGUAGUCUUCGAUGAUGGGGACAUCGAAGAGGAGCUUGAGCGUGAAAGAGAGGCAUAUACUGCCUUGGAGCAGAUGCCGGAGCUUGACGGGGUGGACUUUGAUGAUGACGAGAGCGACACAGAGGAGAACACCGGCGAGGAAGCACCACCUAUAUCAGGUCAAAUGAGCCGCAAAAGAAAAUCGUGGGGCGAUGAUGAUGAGGAGAGUGAAGGCGACGAUGAGGAAGAGCGACCAGCCCAGAGGCGGAGAAGUAAUUCGUCGACGCCGAUUCCAUCUUCACCUUCUCGACCUCCCCGCCGCGGCCUACUUGUCACAGCAAACUCCUCCGAUUUUUCACGCUCAGAUUCCAUAAGUCGCUCAGUCUCUCCACCAGCAGAAAAGCAGCCUUCGGCGAAAACACUCCGUCGCCGCUUGCUCAAGCUCCGUGAGCAGCACAACCGUGUCUUGGACAAGUACUACUCGCUAGGCACGUCGUACUCGGAGCCCGUAUCCUCUAUUGUGUACAGUCUUGCAUCAGAGCUUGGCCGAGAAGAUAACGACCUACUGUGGCAAGCAAUUGUCGGAGUCAGCAGCUUGGAACUAUAUGGCCGGACACCAACCGGAAUGGGCCUGUCAUCAUCUUCGAAGCAAGGCUGGCACGGCUCAAGAGGCGAUCGAAUCCGAGCUCUUCUCCAAGACGAAUUACCGCCCACUCCACAAUCGUUGGACAGUUCCGGCAGCCAAGGUUUCCUGCCCGACGCCCCCAAAUUCGACGAUGAAGCCGCCCAGGACGCCAUUUCCUCCCGGUUCUGGACCGCAUACGACUCUCUCACCUCUCCCAGCCUCAUCACCCAACACAUCCCCAUCGCACAACAUCUUCACCGGGCCAUCCUCCGCACCGGCACCGCGCUCAUCGCCAAACACCAGAUCCGCCAUCUCCGCGCGUUCCGCAUGGCGGUCGUAAAGGAAGGGCCGGAUGCACCACUUUUCACGCACGCUGGUGCACUCGUCAAGCUGGCGCUAUGGGUUGCGGAAGCGGUGCAGGAGAUGGAGGGUAAGAAGGGACGGGGCGGCGGCAACGAACUGGUGAUGGCGGGUCUGGACGAGGCCCGUGGCGUAUAUGUCGUUGUCGGUCUCGGCGGCGGUGGCACGACUGUCCAAAGCAAGGAGAAGGAGAAGAGGCGGGCAGAGCGCCAGAAGAAAAAAGAGGAGAAGCGCGAGGCGAGAAGAAAGGAGAAGGCAGCGGAGAGGCAAAAGGCGUUUGAGAGGCGGCUUGCCAAUGGGGAGGAAGUGGACGACGACGACGAGGACAUCGAGACGGAGGAGGAGGACAGCAGUGAGAGUGAGAGCGAGGAUGAGGAAGACGAGAUGGACGAGGGGAAGAGAAGAAGUGCUGGGCGAAAUCGAUUUGGGCUCGCGUUCCAGGAGGUCAUUGAGGAGACGGGUGCACGCGUCAAAGUCGAUAGCUUUGAGCACUGCGUUGUGGAGGUGAGAAAAGAAGAUCUGAGUGGCUUUUUGGAGCAGCUGAGUAUGAAGGCUAUCGUGGGGUAA